UAGUGUCCUCGGAGUGGGUGGAUCCGGAGAAACAGAUUCCGGGGGGGAGUGUGGACGGGAUAGGACAGUGAUUUUGACUCAGACGUGGGGGAAAAAAGAAAAUCAUGAUGUCAUCCACACCUCCUGCACAGUCAUCCUCUAAGCAAACUGUAGCAUCACAAGUGCCUUUUGCAGAUCUCUGUUCAACUUUAGAACGGAUGCAGAAAUGCAAAUCCCGCCCAGAGAAAACCAAGUAUUUCAAGGAUUUUUUAGAUUCAUGGAGGAAGUUUCAUGGUGCCCUCCAUAAAAAGGAGAAGGAUGUCACGGACUCUUUUUAUCCCGCAAUGCGACUUAUUCUUCCACAACUGGAAAGAGAAAGAAUGGCUUAUGGAAUAAAAGAAACCAUGCUUGCUAAGCUGUAUAUUGAACUACUUAAUUUACCCAAAGAAGGAAAAGAUGCCCUAAAGCUUUUAAAUUAUAGAACACCAGCUGGUUCACGUGGAGAUGCUGGGGACUUUGCAAUGACUGCCUACUUUGUAUUGAAACCCAGGUGCCCAGAGCAAGGCAAAUUGACUAUUGAACAAGUGAAUGAACUUCUAGAUUCAAUUGCCAGUAAUAAUGCUGCUAAAAGAAAGGACCUGGUAAAGAAAAGUCUCCUUCAAUUAAUAACUCGGAGCUCAGCACUUGAACAAAAGUGGUUGAUCCGGAUGAUUAUAAAGGAUCUAAAACUUGGUGUGAGUCAGCAAACUAUAUUUUCCAUUUUUCAUCCUGAUGCUGCCGAAUUACACAAUGUCACAACCGAUCUGGAGAAAGUUUGCAGACAGCUGCAUGACCCUUCUGUAUCUCUCACUGACGUUUCCAUUGCUUUGUUUUCUGCCUUUAAACCAAUGCUUGCAGCUAUAGCUAAUAUCCAGCAAAUUGAGAAGCAAAUGAACAACCAUUGUUUCUACAUAGAAACUAAGCUAGAUGGUGAGCGUAUGCAGAUGCACAAAGAUGGAGAUGUAUACAAAUAUUUUUCCAGAAAUGGAUAUGAUUAUACCCAGCAGUUUGGCCCAUCUCCCCUAGAAGGUUCGUUAACUCCAUUUAUUCAUAAUGUGUUUAAAAGUAACAUACAAAACUGCAUUCUUGAUGGUGAAAUGAUGGCUUAUAAUCCCAACACACAAACUUUCAUGCAGAAGGGAAACAAAUUUGACAUAAAAAGAAUGGUGGAGGAAUCUGAUCUGCAAACUUGCUUUUGCGUGUUUGAUGUGUUAAUGGUUAAUGACCAGAAGUUGGGUCAUGAGAUACUAAGCAAAAGGUAUGAGAUUCUGAAUGAGGUAUUUACCCCAGUCACAGGCAGAAUGCAUGUUGUGCACAAAACACGCGGUAGUACCCGGAAAGAAGUGGUUGAUGCUCUGAAUGAAGCAAUAGACAACAGGGAAGAAGGAAUCAUGGUAAAAGAUCCUACGUCCAUCUACAAGCCGGACAAACGCGGAGAGGGCUGGCUGAAAAUCAAACCAGAGUAUGUCACUGGCUUGAUGGAUGAAUUAGAUCUUUUAAUUGUUGGUGGCUACUGGGGAAAAGGGUUGCGUGGUGGCAUGAUGUCUCAUUUUCUGUGUGCUGUUGCAGAGAUUCCCACUCCUGGUGGAAAGCCAUCUGUUUUUCACUCUAUUUGUCGUGUUGGUUCUGGCUAUACUAUGAAGGAACUUUAUGAUCUUGGUCUGAAGCUGGCUAAGCACUGGAAGCCUUACCAUAAAAGAGAGCCCCCUUGUAACAUUUUAUGUGGGACUGAGAAACCUGAAGUCUACAUUGAACCUUGUAACUCAGUCAUAGUUCAGAUUAAAGCAGCAGAAAUUGUUACUAGUGAUAUGUACAAAACUGACUGCACUUUACGAUUUCCUCGAAUUGAGAAAAUAAGAGAGGACAAGGAGUGGCAUGAAUGCAUGACUUUGAGUAUGUUAGAGCAGCUCAGAGGCAGAGCGUCAGGGAAGCUAGCAUCAAAGCAUCUUGAUGUAGCUAAUGAUGAACCACAAGAAAAGAAACGGAAAACUCUGCCAAAGAUUAAGAAAAUAAUUGGUAUUGCUGAGCAGUUUAAAGCCCCUGAUCUUUCUAAUGUAAGCAAGGUGUCAAAUGUUUUUGAAGAUGUUGAGUUUUGUGUUCUGACUGGAACAGAAAACCAUUCAAAAUCCGACCUUGAAAGUAAAAUUGCAGAAUGUGGUGGCAAUGUAGUACAGAACCCUGGACCGGACACUUAUUGCAUCAUUGCAGGAAUUGAGAACGUAAGAGUGAAGAACGUUAUCUCUUCCAAUAAGCAUGAUGUUGUGAGAGCAGAGUGGCUUUUACAGUGUUUUCAAACCAAAAUGUUUGUACCAUGGCAGCCUGCUUUUAUGAUUCACAUGACUCCAGACACAAAACUACAUUUUGCCCGUGAAUUUGACUGUUAUGGUGACAGCUACUCGGCAGAUAUAGAUGUGGCUCAACUAAAGGAAGUGUUCUCAAGAGUCAAUAAUAGUAUUGAUGCAAAGAUGCCUCUGGAAGUAAUUGGUGAAUUGGAAGAACGGUACUCAUGGGACAGUCAUCCACUCAGUAUGUUUAGGCGAAACACCAUAUACCUGGAUCUUUAUGCUGUUGUUAAUGAUCCCAAGACCAAGAUCUGUGGAACAAGGCUAACAGUUAGAGCUUUGGACCUCCGUUUUUAUGGAGCAAAAGUUGUCUCACAGCUAAAGGAAGGAGUGUCCCAUGUAGUUAUGGGAGAAGAUCGUGCCCGUGUGAAAGAAAUAAAAAUGCUUAGAAGAACAUUUGAAAAAAAAUUUAAAAUUCUAUCUGAACUGUGGGUAACAGAUUCCAUAAGGGAAGGAAAGCUGCAGAGUGAAAAUCAAUACUUAAUUUAGAGAUGCUUUAGCUAGAAGUAGAAGCAUUCUCACAACUUGAUGGACAUAAAAGAUUGUGACAUCCUUCUCCAUAUUGCUAGAGCCAGGUCUAGAUUGCAAACUCAGUGUGCCUUACAGGGGUGUCCCCCAAAACAGUGCUGCUGUGUGCACACUAGUGCCCCCAACAAGAAGCAGUGUAGCAAUGUUUAACUUUGUUGGCAGUAUCCUUGGGUGGUGAAGAGAUUGCAUAGCUUCAGAUCAAAGAUUAUGGAUAGUAUAUACAGAAUGGUAUGUUUGAAACUGUUGCUGAGCACACUAAACUUUUCGUCUAAGCAUGGCUGUGUAAGUUCAAAAAUUAAAGAAUAACCUUCAUACACUUACUGGAAUUGGAGGAGAGCUAUCAGUUCUAGUAAUGCAGAAAAAGGCUUCAAGGUACAUUACACUGGAAAGAAAAGUAGCAUGCAGUACUGUGCAGUAAUUUUCUGAGCUAUGGUUGACUUUUCUAAAUGGUAGAAUGGCCAAUCAUAUUUAAAAAAAAAUCAGAACUUGUACUCUCUGUAAAUAAGAAAUGUCAGUCCCAUGUUUUAAUAUUUUCCAGUUAUUUAAAAUAUAGAUACUGCAACAUUUUAAUUGGAACUGCCACUACUGAAUAAUUGUAUAAUUAUUAUACAGUCAUCCACAUUUUUGUGAGGCAAAUAUUUUUUGCAUAAACAACGCUAUGUGCUGCCUAAUUCAGAAGCCUUCCUUCUAUUGUGCUUACAAUUAUUUUUAUUAUUUAUACAGGAUCCUAACUCAUUCCUUACCACUAAUGCAAAAAAAAAAAGACUUUAAGAACUGAACCCCAAAUUGUAGUGGAAUAAUAAAUUUAAAAUAUUUAAGUUGCAUAUUGAGGCUGUAUUUUAAUUAGUGUGUCCAUUAUUUUAAUAAUGAAUAGCAUUUUGUAGCCAAAUAAACUUUUGUACUGAAUAAAUGAAAUAAAAGCAUUUAUCUUUUA